AGGAUGUUGAGCAAAAACACAAAGGAUUUAUUCCAUUUUUAGCUAAAUAUGUAUUUAUGAUAUCUCAUAAGCCUCCGAAGGAAGCUUUUAAUUUUCGCCAUAACCAUAUUAAUGAUGAAUCAUUUACUCAACGAGAUUGGGAUCAGUUUUAUCAUCGUCUUGAUUUUAUAAUCGAGUUUACAGGGAAGUGGAAUAAUGAUAUAGACCAACGUACCACUGAGCUUAUAUUUCAUAAGGGUUCAGAGGAAGAUUUUUGUAAUAUGAAUUGGGAUGUUAAAUAUCGUAAGGGUGAAUUUACUGUUGACGAGCUAAAAACUAUAGUUCAAGAUUUAAAUCAAGAGCAAGAUGGUGAG